AGUAGCUGUUUUGUGGAUAAGUCAUUGGACACACCUCCUGUAGACUCGUUUAAGAGAUGCCUGAAGUAGACGACAAUCAUGAUCGCGUGCCACCAGAAGACGCUUCUUCGAAUCCGGAGCAGAAAACGAGGAGGCACACAACCUGGCUCGUGACGAACCCAAUCUUCCACAAAGCCUUGGAAAACGCAAAUGCCCCGGACUGGUUUCUCCCGUUUUCCCAGACAGACUGGGAUGCGGUUUUGAAAGGGGAAAAGCGCGCCGCAGGGAUAUACGUGCGGACGGGUCUCCUGCAGAAGAGCGUGUUCUGCACCGUACUGCGGAAGACGCAGUGGCUACCAAGUACGUGGACGAUCGAAGACGAAGAGGACGAGAAAUUAGUUCUAGCGAAGUUGAGAAGGCACGAAGAGGAUGAAGCGUCCGUAUCCUCCUGUGCCGGUUUUGUUGUGAAAGCGUCGAGAGCCAAUCGCGGGGAGAACAUCGGGUUUUGCGAAAGUGCAAAAGAUGUGGAAGCGUUCCUGAAUCGCGUCCGUAAAAGGAGCAGUUGUGAUGCUGAGCCGGAUGCCGGUGACGACUCCUUUGUCGAUGCGCGGGAGGAGGCUGAUGAGAACACGCCGAAAACAAAAGCUGCCCUUGUCUGCGAGUCAGGCACUAAAACCAAUGAUGAGUACCUGAUUCAGGAGUACGUUCCGCCGUUGCUGCUUGAGUCCUACGAGAACCGCAAAUUCCACUUGCGCGCACUGGUUCUGGUCGCGGGAAAUCCGAAAACGGGAGGUUGGCACGUUUUUCUCCACGUCCCCUCUAUCGCGUGUCUCUUCGCGAAGGAGCAAUACAGACCGCUGGGAGAGGACGAUGGGCAGCAGAGCAUGCACCUACAGGAGCACGAGGAGCAGGAGGAUCACGACCCAGAAGCGCAUGAAGAGCAAUUGCAAGAAGACGAAAUGCCGACGAGCCAUCACAGUGCCGCCCACUUAACGAACUGUUGUGUAUCACAGGAGCAUUCCGUCCCACUCAUAGACCUGGCUGACGAGGAAGACCGAGCACUGCUUCUGAAAAAAAACGGCUUCAACGUGGUCGCACAAAUCAAAGCGUGUCUUCGCGACGUCUUUGCGCUGUACGAGAAGAAGCCGCUGUUUUUCUGUCCCCUUCCGCACUGCGUGGAGCUGUAUGGCUUUGAUUUCCUGGUGCAGGAUUCCGGAGAAGUGAAAGUGUUGGAAGCAAACAGCGGGCCGUCGUUUGCCAUGUAUGAGCAGAAGGUGGCAGAUGGGAUUGUGCGAGACAUGUUGUCUGUGGUGAGUGCUGUGCAAAAUCUCGAAAGGCCACUCGUCCUCGACACGGAAUUUGGAACUGAUUCUGCAAAGGAGAAAGAAAGUAUGGCACGUGAUGGAGAAAAGGGCAUUUUACAAUUUGAUGGUUUCCGAGAAGUUUUUUGCAGCAACGAGAACAAGCCGCUCUUUGGCGCAACAACCUUACGAUCUCUUCUGGAAAAGUUCCAGAAACGAAUCAACUCAGCUGGAAGUUUAAUCCGAACGCUCACAUUAGUCCUUCGUUUGGGAACUGGUUCGCACUUGAUGUCACCAAUGACGAGACACAUGUUCAUAUGCACUGUCUUCUCUAUUUUUGCAAAACGCUCUACUUAUUUUUGCGAAAGGGACCGUAGGCAUUUUCGCUCAAGUGAUCGCGUGCGAAGAAACGAAACAAUCACGGAACAGAAAAGCAC